UAGACCGAACUUGUACUGAGUCGCAUCUCUCGAGACACAUUCGCGCGCGUGUAAUCGACAACAAGCUUGCACAUCACUCUGGAUGUCUAUGGAUCGUCUAACUUCUUGACAGUUGAUAUUUUUAGCGUUGUCUACUGUCGUAUUUAUAUUGAAAUAAACAUAACUUUUAAACCCUUAUUUGUAUAACAUAUUACUAUUAGCCCUAAUCAUAAAAGGAUCAAUUAAAAUGUGAUUUACUUAUCAUUUGUCGUCCUAUGAAGCUUGGAAUUGUUUACUGGACCUUCUGAAAAUUUCCCCAUCGAACAGGUGUUAUUGAAUGUAUGUGUGUUACGGUUCCCAUCGUAAUUAUUUAUUUAUGGUGUUGUGAAUAAUAUACAAACGUUUCGAUCGAAAUAACGAUUCGAAAUCGAAAUAAGAAGUUAACAAUAGAAGGAGAAUACACAGUCGCGAUAAGGAAUAAGGACGCUAACGGUCAAAAGGAUUUUGUUUACACUAUGUGUCCUAGCGACAGAUAGUUGGCUCAUCCAAGAGAUAAGGAUAUCGAAGGCACAUGAUGUAUGGCAAUUCUCAAGAGCAAUAUUGUAUAAUGUUGGAAUCGAGGUGAGAGUGAGCCGUGGCGAGCAUGCCUCACCAGUACGGCGCGGGCGCGGGCGGCAUGGGCGGGGGUCCACCGUCGCCGCCGCCGCAACACGGCGCGCUGUACCCGCGCUACGCCGCCGCCGCGGGCCCCGGCGCCGGCGCCUACCGCCCUGAGGAGCGCCGCCUCACUCGCGAAGCCAUGGAGCGAUAUCUGCGAGACCGCUCGGACAUGGUUGUUGUUAUACUGCACGCUAAGGUCGCUCAAAAAUCCUAUGGUAACGAAAAGCGGUUCUUCUGCCCUCCACCAUGUAUAUAUUUAUUCGGUGAUGGAUGGCGGCUGCGACGGGAGCGCAUGUUGCGUGAAGGUGAGACUGAACAGGCGUCACAGCUAUGCGCCUUCAUCGGAAUCGGGAACUCCGAUCAGGACAUGCAGCAGCUAGAUUUAAAUAAUGGCAAGCAGUACUGUGCCGCUAAGACCUUGUACAUAUCUGAUUCAGAUAAACGGAAACAUUUCAUGCUCUCGGUGAAAAUGUUCUAUGGCAAUGGUCAUGACAUCGGCAUAUUUAAUAGCAAAAGAAUCAAAGUUAUAUCCAAACCAUCAAAAAAGAAACAAUCUUUGAAGAACGCUGAUCUGUGCAUCGCCAGUGGAACCAAGGUAGCUUUGUUUAAUAGACUGAGGUCACAAACUGUGUCAACAAGAUAUCUUCAUGUGGAGAAUGGGAACUUCCAUGCAUCAUCAACUCAAUGGGGUGCAUUCACGAUUCACUUACUGGAUGACAAUGAGAGCGAGUCAGAGGAAUUUGCAGUCAGAGAUGGCUACGUUCACUACGGGUCAACGGUUAAACUCGUCUGUUCUGUCACAGGAAUGGCCUUGCCUAGGCUGAUAAUAAGAAAGGUGGAUAAACAGAUGGCUUUACUUGAAGCCGACGAUCCUGUAUCUCAGCUCCAUAAAUGUGCGUUCUAUAUGAAAGACACAGAGAGGAUGUAUUUGUGCUUGUCACAAGAGAGGAUAAUACAAUUUCAAGCGACUCCGUGUCCCAAAGAGCCCAACAAGGAAAUGAUAAAUGAUGGAGCUUGCUGGACCAUCAUCUCCACUGAUAAGGCUGAAUAUCAGUUCUAUGAAGGAAUGGGACCUGUCAGAUCACCGGUGACUCCGGUGCCGUUGGUGCAUUCGUUAAACCUGAACGGCGGCGGAGACGUGGCCAUGUUGGAGCUGGCCGGAGACAACUUCACGCCGUCGCUCCAGGUGUGGUUUGGGGAUGUCGAGGCGGAGACCAUGUACCGCUGUGCUGAGUCCAUGCUGUGUGUUGUACCUGACAUAUCACAGUUCAGAGGACAAUGGCUGUGGGUACGGCAGCCCACACAGGUGCCGGUGUCGCUGGUUCGUAAUGAUGGCAUCAUAUACGCGACGGGUCUCACGUUCACCUACACGCCGGAGCCCGGGCCGCGGCCGACCUGCCCCCCCGUGGACGGCGUCAUGAGGCCCGAGAACGCCUGGCACGACGCGCACCGGCUGCCGGACGCGCUGCAGUAGUGUUCCUAUCAAUCCCUGGAUACGUUAAACAAGAUCCCAUCCGCGACAGGAUACAGAGCCAUGGUCCUAUUCGCCCCAGGAUAAGUUAAUCAAGGUCCUAUUCACCCCAGGAAACGCAAGGCACGCUACUAUUCAUCUCAAGAUACUUGAACCACACAACUCUUUACCCCGCCAUAAGAUCUAAUUCCUGUUUAAGACGCCUUUUAUUCUGCCUUAACCGUCUAACCGUUUCCAACACGCCAAACACACUAAACUCAUGACCGCCGUCUAGUUUGUUAGAUAAAUUCUGUGAAAUGUCUUAUUGCCUAAUAAAAACGCCUAUUAAUUAAUAAGCUAUUUUACCAAAAUUUUGUUAGUUUUAUAAAAAGCUUACUUCAUAAGAAUGACAGCAUAAAAAUACUAUCUGCUAACUCUGUUCCCUGUAACAAUGGCAGCUUUCGCGUCUAGAUCAUUUUACGUAAGUACAAAAAUUCAUGAACAAUUCAAGAAAUAAUACAAAAAAUAGUACGUGGAGUCCCUCCGCGCGGAGGAAGAGACACUUCAUGUGGAUAUGGAAAUAGGAAAGGGUAGAAAUCAUUUUUUAGUGAACUCAUAUUGUUUCUUUAAUACAAGCUUUAUAACAUUGCUAACAAAUACAAUUCACAAUUAUCCCACCCAUUAACUCUCGCUCCGUCUCCUGCCACUCCCCCUCCGCAGCUUAACGUUAACUUUGUUGAACGUUUAACGCAACCUUGUUAGAAGUUUCACUUACAACAUUCCUGAGUUUCAAUGAAUCAGCUGAUGACGAUGUUUCGUAGACAUUACUGCUGUCAUCUCUGGUAAAAGUUAUCAAAAACGACUGUCCAGUAGCGGGGGUAGAUUUGAGAUCGCAAAACGUCGGUGUGCCUAAAAAAAUAAAAUGACUUCGUUAAUCGAGAUUAUAAACACCAAAACAUAAGUAAGAUUACUAUAACAAAUGUUCAUAACAUUUUCUAUGCUUUGUAAAAUAUAUUAUUAUUAAGUACUUUUUAGUUUUUUUUUUUUUUUUAAUACUUUGUGAAGCAUUGAGCCUGAAUUGAAAAAGGUUUUAAUGUGAACAAGUGAUGGACAAGCUAGUGUAGAUGGCGGUAGUGCCAACAUAAGAAAAGUAAAAGAGAUCUCUCUGCUCUCGAAUUAAUUUCAUCGGGGCCAAAUAGCUGUAUCCAUGACGAGCCAUUGUUUCUUAUUAAGUGUAGAUUUAUGUGUGACUCUGAGUCGUUCUGAGAGCUUUUUUUUUAGUAUCCAUCUAGCUUGGUAUGAGAUUUUAAUGUAAAAAUUACUGUAUGUAUGAAUCUUCCUUCAUCGCCGCGAUUGUUGAAGGAGGGCACAUGUCACUGAUGUAUGUAUGUAUGUACAUUACACACAAUCUAAUGAACAAUGUAGAUAAGCUAGAUGUUAAUGCUAUAUUAAGUGAUGCAUACAUACAUUUGAAAUUAUAUUUAUUUAAUGCGACCCUUUGUACAAUUCGGUAAAUAUAUUUAUAGUUAUUGCUAACAUUCCAUGUGGGAAGUGUAAUAAGUACAAAAGAAAUAUUUUUGUAAAAGAUAAAAGAAAGAAAGAAAUAAAGAAAAAUGAUUUAUGUAAUCGAUUUCAGUAUUACGAGGAAUUAUAAUUAAAAUGAAAUGUCGUCAAUUCUUAUUGAGUUUUUUUUUUUAUUCUAUGAGACUACAGUCGCGUUGUAAUCCUUGUACGCUCGGUACUCGUAUAUGGAAUCAUGUUUAAGGAUUUACUGUUUGUACAUUCGUGUGAUAUUGUGGAGCAUUGAUUCUGAAACAUGUAUAUUUUAGUAAAACUGAAUUUAAAUAAAUAAAAAAAAAACCUCUUA